CCAGCCCCCCUCCACCUGCGCUCCGUGCGGUCCCGCGUUUUCGUGUUGACAUUCGGAUCGGAGCGAAGAGGGGCGUGUGGAUGCUCACACGGGCGACUAGGCCGUUUAUUUUAACUAAUUUGUAGGAAUUGUGAACAAGAAUGGACUCGUCUUUGCUCGACGAAAACGGGAAUUCAUUACCGUCGUUCACAUCCACACCAAAGGCAAAAAGGAAGCGGCCUAUAUACGAGUGCCCAUACUGUGGGAAAGAAUAUUUAGUUCAAUUUUACUUUAAAAAUCAUGUCGAGUCUCACUUGUCCCAAGCUCAACCUGAUGUCAGUCAGGAUGUUCACUUGGAUGUCAGUGAUUUAUCCAUUAUUGAAGACACCCCUGCUUUCAAAAAGCCAGCACCACCUGCCUCACAAAAGAAGACUACAACAAAAACUGUUGCAAAGAAAACAGACAGCAAGAGGCCAAAAUUAAUAUGCACUUAUUGUUUGAAAGAAUAUAUAUGUACUAGGUCUUUCAAAUCUCACCUAAGAACUCAUACUAUUCAAGUUGCUGCUAUGAAAUACCCAGACACAGAGAAAAUUCUUGAUAACGUAGUUGAAAUUUCCAAUGCUGCUCUGACAUCUGUUUCCAAUUGUCCUAGUUACGGGAAAUGUGGUGAACAAUUUAGGGCAUUUCUUGGUCAUGUAAUUUCAGAACCAGAAAGGUUUGAAAAGUUUAGUGCAGACAUUGCAAGAGAAGAGUUAACUGCUAUUUCUAAAAAGAAAUGA